GGGACACUUUGGUGGCUGUGGGACAAUAUAGGCUUGCUAUACUUAAUUGCAAAGUUAAUAGCUUGUACACCCCACUUUAUUGAAUAUUACAGAAUUGUUAGUUUCCUUUGUUUUUAUUAAUUGAUAAUUAAUUUAAAGACUUAUAGAAUAAAAAAAAAACAAGUUUGUGUAAUAAAAAAUAUACAUACUGUUACUACUAUGUAUUUUUUUUAUUAUUAUAAAUAGAUUUAUAAUAUCUGCCUUUCCCUCCAGGAAAGAGAUACAUUGCAUCUGUAAAAUUGACUACAGAAUUAUUACGUUGUAGGGACUACCAGGGAAAGUUGAGAUUUAAGGGACACCUCAGGGUUAAAGUUUUGGUCCUUUGCUUUUUAUUUAAUAAUAUGUUUUUAACAAAAAAAUCCUUACAAUUAAUUAAUUUAGUAAAAGUAAGAAAAUUUAGUAAAAGUAUAUCAUUUAAAGUACGUAUCUAAGUAAUCUACGACAAGAUUCAAACAACGGACAAGUACCCAGUUUGAAUCGAACCAAAUUUUCCGUGCGGCAACACUGUGAGUAUGGAAGUCGGUAUGGAUUUUUUCGCGCCGGCGCGAAACGUGCGUGCGUGCUAACAUCCCCAUUUGCCAUCGCGUUCCCUAAAUCCUUAAUUAAAUAUGAACCCUUUUUUAAAUGCUAUUCUCGAAAGUUUUAGCGAUGCUUGUAAACGCGUCUAAAUAUAUCUAAAAUAGAAUGCCAAACACAUAAAUAGUAGGCGUCAGAAUGGUGAAGGUGAAGGUGUAAAUCAGUGCAGAUUUUAUAACAGAACGUUCGAUAAAAUGGGCUCGUCUAUCGUGCUUAAAAGUUUAUCUGUCCUGCUAGGCGUGUUCUUCAUUUUCGUUGGUAUAACAAAGCUGACUCCGUUUAUUUCAAAGGAAUUACACAAAGAUUUGAGGAAAGAAUACGUGAGAUACGCGAAAGUGUUCCCGUUUUCUGACACAUUCGACUUCAAGUUACCGUCGAAAUGGUACAGAAGGGGCGUCGGGGGGCUGGAGAUAUUGUUUGGUCUAGUUCUAGCAGUUAUACCUAGCCAUAAACUGAAAAAUGCGGCCAACAUAGGGCUCGUCCUACUCAUGAUACUAGCUGCGUACUCGCACGUGAUGGUGGGCGAUCCCUUUGACAGAUGUGCGCCUGCGCUGGUCUUCUUCUUCAUGCUGAGCGGAAGACUCGUCGUAUGGUACCAAACAAGUCGCCGAGAGGAGUUGGAGAAAGCAGCGACCACUCAAAAUGGAAACGGUCUUAAGAGGGAGUGAACAACAUAUAUUUUUCAAGUUUUAGGGUAACCACAACAUAGUAGGGUGUGACAAAAAGUAUAAACAAAACCCCAUUUCAAUCGUAAAUCUAUCUCAGGCAAUUUUGUUUUCAAAAUUGUCCAAAGGUCACGUUUUUGUCACACCCUGUAUACUUUAUUUUUUUUUCUUCUUGUACAGUGAGGUGCAUGGAUGGGAGUCCAAUUUUUUGUGCUUAACUGUACUAUGUAAUAAAUUAAUUUAUGAUGAAAGGAGACUAAAAAUGGAUUUGCUGAGUCUGGCUUGCGCCCUGAGUCAAAAAUUAUUUGACUUUGUUUUUUACUUAUUUUGGAAUGUAGAGAUUUAAAUACACAAAGACAUAAGAACACACGGUGCUGUGAUUUUUCUAGUCAACUUUUAAAUCAGACUGUUCAACAACAUUUUGAUGGAUAAGAUAGAAAUAACGAUAAUGCUUGCUGGUCUGACACUGUUUAUAAGUAGUCUGGGGCCUACUAAGUUUGCCGACGUACUUUUUCACGUGGUUUCUAGUUUAUAUUUUUCAAACACAUUAAACUCUUAAUUCUGUGAGAAUACAUAGGUAACCCUCACGGCAAAAAGGAAUGUGCGUGGCCAGACAUUUUUUUGGAUAGUGAUGAUUAUGUUUCAGAAGGUUUACUGAAAAUUCAAUAUUUUUUAUUUUACUUCAAUGGUAGAAGUCAAUAUUCCUUUGUCACUUACUUGAAUAUGUACGAUAAAUUUUCGACCACAAUUUCUUUGAAUUAAUAUUAUCUGUAAGUUCACUAGGUUAAGGGUAUAUGCGCACUGUUACCUAAAAGUGAUAUUAAUUUAAGCCAUUUGUGCUAGGUUCAUUUUGUAUAUGUAUGAGUGAUUUAACAUUCUAUGUAGUUUUACAGUAACUGCCAUUGUAUGUAUAUUGGUAGCUUUAGAUUAAUUGCACAAACAGACAAACAUGCACUUUAUUGUGAAUAUGAUUUGCUCAAAAUAGUCAUAGUUUACGCUUUAUAAAAAUCUUAGUGAAACCCGUAAUACAGGAUGUAUUUCUAACUUUUAUAGGACAAAAUCAGAAAUUGAACAUAAUCCGGAUAUACAGGGUGAAUUUUUAUUUAUUACUUAAAGAAUUUUUUACAGCAUGUUGGGACUAUGGUUGAUAAAUAGCAAAAACAAAAAUAAAAUUUACUCUCCCAUAUAAUUUUUUUUGCUCAGCUGACCGGUCUUAUUAUGAAAAAGAAAAAAAAUUCAACAAUAAAAAUUCACCCGGUAUACAGGAUCGGAUGUAUCAAACUUAUAAAUAUGUAUAUGUAUGUAUGUACGUAUGUAGUAUGGGCGCUUCACAGUAACCCGUGAAGCUGUUCACCAACUUUGAUAAGUAAGUUAUACGUAUAUCUAAUCUGUCAUGGUUCUCCAUUGGAACCAAAAAGAGAGAGAAGAAAGGAAGAUAUAUGGCCUUAUCAAAGUUGGUCAACCCCACCACCACAUUCAAGCACGCGUUGAGGCAUUAUUCACGAACAUUAAUAUGUUUGUAGUCUUCUAUCUCGAAGGAUAACAGCGGUGAUAGAGAAGAUAAGGCUAGAAGAUACUUUAGUGAAUAAUGCCGUAGGUCUAAACCUGCCUUAGGGUAUAUAAAUGAUAUCAUAACACAAUAAUAAAACCUAAUAAGUUUGUAGCUGCACGAAAGUCUUUACCUGCUUGAUUAAUCUGAUUGGAGAAUUGUUAAAAAUCGCAAUAAUUUAAAGUGUAUUUGUUAUUGUGGUGUGCGAAAGUGUGUCUGAAUGAAUAAAUGGGAAAUUGUAAAAAAAAAUUAUUUGUUUAUUUCUCUUGCCACAGCUUUCACGGAGAGGAGCAAGUGUUGCCAACCUCCUCGAGAUUAAAACUGUAAACAACUUUUAAAAAGUUUAAGAAACCUGUUAUAUUAUAAUACCUUUCCCAAAAUAUAGUAUAUUUUUAGUCAUCUGUUUCGUGGCGUUUUUUGAUAAACUUGAACCAUCAUAUUCUGCGACCGAGUAGUCAGACUUAGUACGGGUUAUGCAGCGAAU